GCAUGCCGGGAGAGCGGCUGUCACAUGGCGCUGCACUGGCUGUGUAGGGCACGGUGUAGCCGGAAGAACAAUGGAGUGCUCCUGUAAUAAAGGGGUUAAUGUGAUCUGCUGGGCCGCGCUGCACGUAUGAGGCCUUGUCCAGGGGCUGCUGGUCGACCUGCGGGACUGAUCGUGAAGAAAUGUUUGCUGUUAAUCCGCGUCACGGUGCAAAAUGUCUGCAUCUCUGGAAGUGGAAGCGCCACGUCUGCGCCCUCCAUAGACGCCUUUCCGGGCAGAGAAGGCCGGCAGGAACCCUCUGGGGAAGUCGCUGCUUAUUACAAACUUUCCAUCCUAUGAAUUCAUCCCGUGUGGUCCCAUAUAGUUCAAAAAAGGAAAGAAUUGACAUGUCUGAAUAUGAUGUGGACUACAUUAGGAAUUUUAGCAUAAUAGCACAUGUGGACCAUGGGAAAAGUACCCUCGCAGACAGACUUCUUGAGAUUACAGGGUGUAUUCCAAAAGCUGCCUCCAAUAAGCAAGUCCUAGAUAAGCUCCAAGUGGAAAGAGAGCGGGGGAUCACGGUGAAAGCCCAGACCGCCUCUCUGUUUUACACGUAUGAGGGGAAGAAGUAUCUCUUGAACCUGAUUGACACUCCGGGUCAUGUUGAUUUUAGCUACGAGGUUUCAAGGUCCCUUUCUGCUUGUCAAGGUGUAUUAUUGGUGGUCGAUGCAAAUGAGGGUAUUCAAGCACAGACUGUGGCAAACUUCUUUCUCGCCUUUGAAGCACAGCUUUCAAUUAUUCCUGUUAUAAACAAGAUUGACUUGAAGAAUGCAGACCCAGAGAGAGUGGAGAAACAAAUUGAAAAGAUGUUUGACAUUCCCGCCAGCGACUGCAUCAGGAUCUCCGCAAAGCUUGGAACAAAUGUGGAAAAGGUUCUUCAAGAAGUUGUCAGAAGGCUUCCGCCGCCCAGAGUGGAAAAGGGCAGUCCCCUUAAAGCCCUGCUGUUUGACUCCACGUUUGAUCACUACAGAGGUGUAAUAGCCAGCAUUGCCCUGUGUGGAGGGGACGUGUGCAAAGGCAAUAAAAUAGUGUCCGCACACUCUGGAAAGUGCUAUGAAGUCCAUGAGGUUGGCAUACUGACCCCUGAGGAGGUGCCAGCCGAAAAAUUAUUUGCAGGACAAGUAGGUUACCUAAUUGCCGGAAUGAAAGAAGUCCAGGAAGCACAAAUAGGAGACACUCUUUAUUUACUGAAGCAGCCUGUAGAGCCCCUGCCUGGCUUCAAGCCCGCUAAGCCCAUGGUAUUUGCAGGAAUGUUUCCAGUUGACCAAUCGGAGUACAGCAAUUUGAAGAGUGCGCUGGAAAAGCUGACCUUGAAUGAUUCCAGCGUGUCUGUCAGUCGGGACAGUAGUGCAGCCCUGGGUGCUGGCUGGAGGUUGGGCUUUCUAGGGCUUUUACACAUGGAGGUGUUUAACCAGAGACUGGAGCAGGAAUACAAUGCAUCUGUCAUAAUGACAUCCCCUACAGUCCCGUACAAAGCCGUGCUGUCUUCUCCAAAGCUCAUUAAGGAGUAUGGAGAACAGGAGAUCACCAUUGUAAAUCCAUCAGAAUUUCCUGACAAAUCCGUAGUAAAGGAAUAUCUUGAACCUAUGAUAUUGGGAACAAUUAUUUCACCAGAUGAAUAUCUUGGGAAGAUCAUGUCUCUGUGCCAGACCCGACGAGCAGAGCAGAAGAGCUUUCUCUACAUAGAUGAACACAGGAUCAUGAUGAAGUAUUUGUUUCCUUUGAAUGAAGUUGUGGUGGAUUUUUAUGAUCAUUUAAAAUCGUUAUCUUCUGGAUAUGCAAGCUUUGACUAUGAAGAUGCGGGGUACCAGCCAGCAAGUCUGGUGAAACUGGAUAUUUUACUGAACGGUCGUCCAGUGGAAGAAUUAGUGACUAUUGCGCAUAAGGAAAAGGCAUAUGCAGUGGGUAAAGCAAUAUGUGAGCGGUUACGAGACGCCAUACCAAGACAGCUGUUUGAGAUCGCAGUACAAGCCUCCAUCGGUAGCAAGAUAAUAGCACGAGAAACAAUUAAAGCCUACAGGAAGAAUGUCUUGGCAAAAUGUUAUGGUGGUGAUAUCACAAGGAAGAUGAAACUACUGAAAAGACAAGCUGAAGGCAAGAAAAAAAUGAGGAAAAUCGGCAACGUGGAAGUGCCUAAAGAUGCAUUCAUCAGCGUGUUAAAAAGACAGCUGGACAAGUGAUGCCGGAGCAGCUAGUCUCAGAGCCAACACUACCUCGUGGUUGUAUGGAUGUAGAAGGGCACACAGGUGCCUCCAGAGGGGUUUUGUGGAAACGUUGCCUAAUAAGUACUAUUCAUAGUAUUUAAUAAUCUGGAGCUUGGAGGAUCUGUAUCCGCACCUACAGCAGCUCUCGCCUCUGUAGUGUAUAUAUGUAAUGCAGUGAUAUUGUUGAUACAAGAUAACUAAAUUUAUUAAAAUCUUUAUA